GCCACCUACAUUUACAUAUAUAUCAUUUGGAACUGUAUGGUAAGUCAUGAUCAUUUCUCAUGGUCCAUCCAUUUAUGAACCACCAACCACUAAGAAUCUCACUUCUUCCACAGUCCAAAACACCACACACAAAACAAGAAGGCACAAAAACAAAAACAAAAACAAAAACAAACAAAAAAUGUCCAAACCCAGAAGACCCAAUCCCAUGCUAAUCUCCUACCUAUCCCUCCUUUUGAUCCAUACCCAUUUCUCAAUCUGCAAUGGGGUUUCAGCUUUUGACCUCAAUUCACUGAAAGGAAGUGGAAUUGAUGGUAUGGUGGGAGCUGGAAGGGCCUGCAACCAGAAGAUUGGGGAGUGCUUGACAGAGCCAGAAAUGGAGUCAGAGACCAGCAGGAGAGUUCUAGCAAUGCAGAAGAAGUACAUAAGCUAUGAGACACUGAGGAGGGACUUGGUUCCAUGUGGAAAACCAGGGGCUUCAUAUUACAAUUGUCAUGCUGUUGCGGCAAAUCCUUACAGUAGAGGCUGUGAGGUCAUUACAAGAUGUGCAAGAGGUUUCUGAAAAAGCCCCUUUGUGUUGAUGGAAUAUGAGAAGAUGAGAAAUGGAAAUAUGCAACAGAGUUCUGCCAAAAGCUUGGGUCGGUGCUUAACAGUGCAUAGUGUUGGAUAUUCUUUUGUGACUUGUGUGAGGAAGACAGUUAUUCUGAGUGGAUGACAGAAGGAUCUCAUCAGUGGACAGAAGGUUAUUGUGAUAUAUUGGAUGGAUUGUCCACAUUUUUGCAGGUCAAACUGGCUUCAAUCCCCUUUGGUAGUGCGUAGUAGAACAUGACUUAUUAAACCACCAUUUUGUAAUGGGAUUUAGUUGUAAAUGCAAACUUUGAAGACGUAAUUUUCUGCUGUGAAAGAAAAUCCACAAUGUUGCUUUGUAAACAUAAAAAGAAAGAAAGAAGAACUCGUGUUGCAUUUUUCAUUUUAAACUUGGAACUCCUAUCACUCGCAUCCAGCACACAAAAGCCCCUUAGCGCCCCGGGACGG